AUGGGGAAAGCGAUGAGGUGGUUGAAGGGGCUGUUCAGUUUCAAAAAAGAAAACGACCAAUCAAAUUCCGGUAGCCGGAGAGACAAGACUACCUCAUGCAUCGGUCGAUCACGUCGCGAUUCCUCCACUUCUCCACCGGAGACUCCCUUUCUGAAACCACUAUACAUCAACAAUUCCGUGGAGCAAAACAAACAUGCAAUUGCAGUAGCUGCCGCUACCGCCGCAGCCGCAGACGCCGCCGUGGCUGCAGCCCAGGCCGCCGUCGCCUUUGUCAGACUAACAAGUUAUAAUCGCGUCACCGUUAGGGAGAACUCAGCCGCCAUUAAAAUCCAAGCUCUGUUUCGUGGGUACCUGUCGAGGAAAGCAUUGAAGGCAUUGAAAUCGCUAGUGAAGCUUCAAGCAGUUGUGAGAGGUUAUUUAGUGAGGAAAGAAGCGGCACAGACUCUACAUGGCAUGGAGGCAUUAUUAAGAGCACAAUCCACUGUUUGUGCACACAGAUUUCGUCUUCAAGAUGAUAAAUUUCACUCAAGAAGAUCAAUUAAGAGGGCUAAUGAGGCAAGAAGUAGAAGGAUUUCAACUUCCUUUCAAGCAACAUAUGAUGGGAGGCCCAGCCCAAUAGAGUUGGGCCCAGAAGAUCGGGCCAAGACAUGGGCUUGGGAUCCAGACUCGGGGGCCCAAACCCCAAAUUUUAGCAACCCGCAUCAUCUUUCGACACCUAGUUUACCAAACCAUCAUGUAUUCGACCAUGGCUUCUCAACAACACAUAACACCCCUCGUUUUUCAUAUUCGUGUGGGCCAAACAUUUAUGAUUCGGUCUAUGAUAGGGUUUCAAAAGACGACUCUUUUGCGAGCCACCCUGGUUACAUGGCUAACACCAAGUCUUUUAGGGCUAAGGUGAGGUCCCAUAGUGCACCAAAACAAAGGCCGGAUUAUGGGUUUGGGUUUAAGAAGAGGGUUGGUCUAAAUGAGGUGGAAGUUGGGGCAAGGGUUGAAAAGGAAAAGUCAAAGUCAAAGUCACCAUCACUAUUAGAAGUCAACAAUUUCAAAAAUUUUGUGAUGGGAAGAAUUGGGAAGUCCUCAAAAGUCCAAUGGGGGUGA